AAUAAUGUGUUCAUGAAGAAGGUCAAUCUUUCAUGGAAUGGAUUUGGAAGAGAAGGCUGUGCAGCCUUGAAGGAUGCGUUCAGAACAAACAGUGUUUUGGAAGAAAUAGAUCUAACAAAUAAUAGAAUUACUACUGAAGGUGCUGUCCUCAUUGGAAAAGGACUAUUAACAAAUGAGACACUGAAGGUCUUUAAGGUCGGCAAAAAUCCCAUUCAGAGCUCAGGCUGCUGGGGCAUUGCUGCUGCCAUCCUGAGAAAUCCUAACUGCAUGUUGAAGACCCUUGAUUUCACUGAUAUUCCCAUUAAUAAAGAUUUUAUGGAUCUCUGGAGACAUGUUGAAGAGCAGUUUCCUAACAUAAAAAUGGUGCAUGGAGGAAUUGGGGAUGCCUUUAAGAAAAAUCAGGAUGUCCAGAUGAGAGCAAAGAUAAUGGAUUUUAUAAUGCAACAUAAGAGUACACUUAGUGAUUUGUUUCACCAAUAUGAUCAAGAAAAAACAAUGGCCAUGGCAAAGGAAAGAUUUCAGAAAGAAAUUGAG